GCGAGGAAGCGGAUGUUGUUGUUAGCUUCAGCGGUGGAUCAGAAAAAUGCAGUAGUCCUACACAUUUGGAUGCUAUAAAGGAAUGGACUAAUCCCCACUAAAUUCAAGAUGGCGAGGGACAGACAGUGCAUCCUUUGUGAAACAGUCCAUGUUUCCAAACAGGAGAUGGACGAGCACAUGAGAAGCAUGCUGCACCACAGAGAGCUGGAGAAGCUCAAAGGCCGGGACUGCGGACAUGAGUGCAGAGUGUGCAAGGUGACGGUGGUGAGCCUGACCGACUAUGCCAGCCACAUUUCCAGUCCCACGCACAAACAAAACGUGGAAGCUGCAGAAAAAAGGCAUGCUGGGAACGACUGCGAAGAGGACUACUUCGAUCAGGCUUUGGUGCAGCUGGUUGAGAAGAGAAAAGAACAGAUCAGAAAAGAGAAGGAGGCUGCUGCAAAACUUGCUCAAGAAGAAGAGGAGCGAAGGAAAAAUGAGGAGCUUCAGCAGAGGUUAAAGGAAGCAAAAGAGCGUUAUCGGGUGGAGUGCUCAUUGCAGCAGCGACCGCAGGGCUUCAGUGGAUCCAGUCACAACAGGACCUGGUACAGGAGUAGUCAAUACAACGACCGAGCUGGGGACCCACAGCCCUGGAACCAGAGUAGACAGGGAAAGAGCGCCACCUGGCACGCUCAGGAGCCUCCUAACUUUAAGAGAUGGGUGUCUGAAGAGCUCAACAGCGGGAGAUUGAAUAAUCAGGAUCGUUUUGACAAUCGACAGUUUAACCAGGGUCCAUUUCAACAGAACCGACUGCCUUGGCUCAGCAGCGGAGGCAGCAGUAACGGGAUCUAUGGUCGGAACAAUAUCUCUCAGUUCCAUCAAAGAGGGCGUCCUCUGGGCCUUUUUGAAUCCCCACUAUAUCCACCUACACCUUUUUUAUUUGCACAGCCUUCAAACCAGUUUCAAAACACAGGAACUGCUCAAGGAGGUCAAAGUUUGGUUCCCAGUCGGGAGGGACAAAAAGUAGAACCUGACCUCAGCAGUAACAAGUGCUCCAAGACCUUUGGUAGCAAUCCAAAGCUGGACAAAACCGCUCGCUGGUCUCCUUAUCCAGUCUCAAAGGGGUUUGAAUCUGCACCGAAUAAGGACACAAACUCAAACUCAUCAGAAAAGCACCCAAAAGUUCAAAAACCUCUGAAUCAAGAAAAGGCAGCAGUAACCAGUGCCUUAAACAGGCAGUCCAGACCUGAAUGCAAACCAGGCCCAUCCAUCUCGAGUCCUGAAGAGAGGCUCAAAAUGAAGCCUCAGAACAAAUCCCGGGAUAGAAGCAGCAGCAGUAGUCGAAGCAGUAGCGCUCAGAGAGACGACAAGCACGACUCUGCAUCCAGUCCUUCAAAACAGAGUGUGACUAAAACUCCUAAAGACAAAAAGGUGUCCACAAUUUUUGGACUAAAUUUGGGAAAUAAACUCUGUAAAUCCUCAAGUCAGGCACAGUCACAGAAGUCAACCACAAGUCAGAGCAAAUCCAGUUACCAAGCUCCACCUGUCGGGCCUCUUCAGUCGAGAAAAGAACGGCAGCUCCCAGAAACUUUUAAUAAAGCCAAACAGAUUGUGUUAGAAAAGAGAGCCUCGUUGGACAGUUCCAAAAACAACAGGCUAGAAAUGGCGCUUCACAUUGCAGAGGAGCAGCAGAGGGAUCAUGGACAGAGUCAGAUCGGAGUAAACAAAGAAAACAGCUGCAGGCAGAACACAGCCAAACCAAAUUUACCUGGCUCUGUUAGGCCAGAAAAGCCUGUAGUGCAAUCUUCAGACAGCAGCCAAUUCCUCCAAUCACUGCAAGUAAGCACCUCAACCAUAGAAAAACCAGAGUCUAGCAGGGAAGACGAGGAUUCAAGGAAGAAAAGGGAGAGAGAAGCAAGCCAAGAAGAAGCAAUGCAAGCUGCAGAAGCAGGGCAGAGCUCAGAGAGCGACAACUCCAGAAGUGGUGAAGCACAACAGGCAGUCUCAGGGUCAAACAUGUCAAGUCUUUCCAAACUGGAUCUUCCUCCGGUGUUAAAACGAGAUCUGACCAAACACAUCAGCUCCAAGAGCAAAACGGUAAGCCAUGAGCCCAAUCUGAACAUCGCUAGGAGGGUGCGAAACCUGAGCGAGUCACGGAGAAGCGAUACAGACAAAGACUCAGGGCUUAAACCGACCGUACGGCAGCUCAUCAGUUCCUCUGGAUCCAGGCGCAACGUAAACUGGGAACAGGUUUAUCAGGAGGUCAGGAAGAAGCAGGACAAAGGAAAAGGCAUGCCAAGGUUUGGGAUUGAGAUGGUGCCAUGCGACCAGGAAGACCAGAGCCAGGAGGAGGACGACAUUCCCCUGCUGGAAGGUUUUCAAUGGGAAUCGCUGAUGGACGCCUCUUCAUCCGCUUCCUCCAGAAAACGCUCCUUAUCAGAGAGCUCAAUUGCACCUGCAUCCGCCCAUUCCCUGUUUGCAUCCCUCACGUCAAAGGGUGCUCAAAGAGAAGACAUCAGUUCAGAGCAGCAGGAAUCCUACGUUUCUCCCAGACCUCAGUCAGACGAAGGGGACAAAGACAGCCAGCGUCAGCAAGAGCUGGAGCAGAUGCUUGGUCAGUUCGGGACUAAGGCAGAGAAGCAGCCGGAAAAACUGACAUCAGUGACUGCGAAGGCUUUACAGAGGUUGGAUUCAGCGCUAGGGGACAGCAGCUCAGGGACAGAGCAGGUCGACGGCCAGGGGACAGGAAAGAGGCGACGAGCUGCUGGGGAUGCCACAAGUGCAGAGACUUCCUGUCUGGAGCAUAACAAUAAAAGAAGGAAGGUCAAAUCCAAAAAAGAGCGUUUACAGAUCGACCAGCUGCUGGCCGUGUCUCUGAGGGAGGAAGAGCUGAGUAAAUCCUUACAGACUGUGGACACCAGUCUGAUUCAAGCCCGAGCCGCUCUGCAGGCCGCCUACAUGGAGGUGCAGCGUCUCAUGGUGGUUAAACAGCAGAUGACUGGAGAGAUGAACACACUGAGGAACAGGCGUAUCGAAUUACUAAAAGGGAUGCAAGCAGGAAGCGCAGAAGAAGCCCCUCGGGUUAAACUAAAAGAGGAAAAGCUGGAUCCAGGCAUAAUAGAGCCACAAGCAUCCUUCUGCCUCACACAUCCCUCUGUUUCCGACCCUGUUGUUGCUGCUGCUCUGAGUCCUUGCCCUUCUGCUGACCGUGCCUCACCUCCGUCCUCCAGCCUUCCCUUCAAGCCUGUCGUUAUAAAGCAGGAGCCUCAGUCUCCCGUUCAUGUUAGCUCAGACCCUGACCCUGUUGAAAAUAUCUCCCAUUGUGCUCACAGCACCACCCCGGAGCUGCCAGUCACUGCUGCUGCUGCUUCACCAGACAAUCCUACCAUGUUCCAGUCAUCUCCAGAGAGAAACCCUGAGCUGUAUCAGUCUAACACAGAGAAUAACUGGGAGAACUUUGCUGAGCCUGAAGAUUGUAAAGAGGAUUUAUCAAGGCUGUCUGAGACUGUGGAAAAGGCUGUACAGGCAUCCAGGAGCUUCCUCAUCCCGUCCCCUGACUCUAAAUCUUCCAUAAAGCUCCUGUCACCCAGCAGGAGGGGCUCUGAAGUGGGGAGUGCUGGUGACUGUGCAGCCUCCCCAUCCUUAGAGCCUCCAUCAGCUCUGAAUCUGCCCGCCUCACCGUCUGAGCUACGGAAUGGGAAGCGUGUAAGGAAGCUGAAGAAGAGGAAAGUGUUGAAGAAGGCUCAGGGAGCGGAGCAGCCGGAGAGCAGCGACACAGAGCUUGACGGGGAGGCGCUGAGGCCGAGGUGGCUGCGACCACGCAGGAGACCCAGUGGGAGCUCUCAGGUCAGCACGUCCACGCUGCCUGUGGAGGACAGAGAGGGAGAUGUGAAUAUGGAGGCGAGCGAGGAGGCGCCUCAGCAGCUUUGUGCAACCACCAAACAAGAGAGAGCAGACUUCAAGUCCCCCAAACACGUCACGGAGCUUCCCUCUGCUGAGCUCAGGCUAAACUCAGACCAAGAAGAAAGCAUGGAGGUCACUGCAGAGUUUCGGCAGGCUCACAUGGACCAGACUCCAUUUACUGCCCAUGUCUCCUCAACAGCCGAGCUGCAGAGUCUGGCCUGCAAUGAGGUCUCCUCCACCAGUGACAUGGACAUCUGUAAAUCCUCUGAGAGUGAUUUGCCAUUUCCCAUCACGUUACCUAAGACGAUGAAGACGUCAUCAGAUGCUUCAUCUGAUCACGGUGAGGACGAUCUCCCCACUGAGGGCGUGUUUGAAGGCCACCAGGAGGCUGUGAACGCCAUGCAGAUCCACAACGGGCUGCUGUACACGUGCUCAGGAGACCGAACCGUCAGAGCCUUUGACCUGGUGAGUCAUAAAUGUGUGGGCGUGUUCGAGGGUCACAGCUCUAAGGUGAGCUGUCUGUUGGUGUCGGCUGCUCCAUGUCUGCAUCAUCGCCUUUAUUCAGGCUCCAGUGAUCAGACCAUCCGCUGCUACAGCCUCAAGACACAUGAGCUGGAGCAGCAGUUCUCCCUGUCAGACCGAGUCCUCUGCCUCCACAGCCGCUGGAAGUUUCUGUACGCUGGUCUGGCUAACGGCACUGUGGUUACCUUUAACCUCAAGACAAAUAAGCAGACGGGUGUUUUUGAGUGCCAUGGGCCGCGGGCUGUAAGCUGCUUGGCCUCGUCGCAGGAAGGAGCGCGGAGGAUCCUGCUGGUCGGCUCCUAUGACAACACCAUCAGCGUGAGAGACGCCAAGAACGGGCUGCUGCUGCGCACGUUGGAGGGACACACCAAGACCGUGCUCUGCAUUAAGGUGGUGAAUGAUCUGGUUUUUAGCGGCUCCAGUGAUCAGUGUGUUUACGCACACAACAUCCAUACAGGAGAGUUGGUGCGGGUCUAUAAGGGUCACAGUCACGCCGUCACCGUGGUGUCCGUCCUCGGGAAAGUGAUGGUGACCGCCUGUCUGGACAAACUGGUCCGGGUCUACGAUCUGCAGUCUCACGAUCAGCUGCAGGUUUAUGGUGGACACAAGGACAUGGUGAUGUGUAUGGCCAUACAUAAGAACAUGAUCUACACAGGCUGUUACGAUGGCAGCGUGCAGGCCGUCAAACUAAACCUGAUGCAGAACUUCCGCUGCAGGUGGCACGGGUGUUCGCUGGUGUUCGGGAUGAUGGAGCAUCUGCAGCAGCACCUCGUCAACGACCACACCAGCGCCAACCUCCAGACACUUAAAUGCCGGUGGAAGAACUGUGAAGAGUUUUUGUGUUCACGCAGCAGCUCCAGACAGGCGAUGCUGAUCCACAUGCAGAAACACGCUGAGGAGGAGACUGAAGUGGAGCCUUAAGGGCUGCUGGAGGAAACUGAGUCCUCUCACCUCUCCUGCCUUCCUCUUCCUCACACCCUCUCUGUUUUUAACCUCCCAUAUUGGGGGGGAUUUUCUAGGGACCCACUUAACUUGGCAGCGCCCCUGUCAGGCCUGGCGAGUGGCGUCUGAUGACUCCAUCCUUUAUGUUUCACGUUGGAAUCCAACCUUAACAGAACGAUGGGCUGAGGGUUGGUCGUGCUGUUAUUUUUUUACGUUCUACAAACACGCCUUCCUCGCUCUCUUUCUCUCUGUCUGACCACUUUUCACUGACCAAAGUAAGACAAAGAAACACGUUUAUUGACUUGUGUUUGUUGAAGAAACUUCAGCGUUGCUAGAGUCAGAGGGAACUGCUUCGUUUUCCUGUUCAAACUGCAACAAAAACCGAUUCCAGAUUGGUUGGCUCCUUUAUGGCAUGGGUUAGAGAUGUUUUUUAUUGUUGUUGUGCAGUUGUGAUGUGUCUUAUUGAGCAACGUUUUCUUUUCUUUUCUCCCUCUUAUAUAGCCUUAUUUUAACAACACUAAUUAACAGGUUUAGUCUCCCAGACUGAGUUAAAUGGUGUGAUCCAUGUUGUUUUCAAGGAGUUACAUUGAAGUGACACGUUAUUUAUUUUAGUUUGGUUUUAUUUUAUUUUAUUUCCAGGGAAGAACCCCGUUUAUGACUUGUUUUUUUUUUUUCUCCAUUAGCAGUUAAACUUAUUUUUUUGUUGCUCAAGAGUUGAAGGACUUUGGUGCUGUGUUGUGUUGGGAUUGAAACUUAACAUUUGCAGUGAUAACAGAACCAAAACGUGGCGUUGGUUUGGUCCUAAACGUGUUCAUGUGAGUGGAUUUAUUCUAACUUCACAGAGAGGUUAUUUUCCUGUGUGUGCAAAAGUGAUUUUAUGACACAGUUUCCUCUUUGGAGAUGUUGUUUAUUUGAGUUUCUUUGUUUUGUAUUUGGCGGAUGAAGCGAGCAGAAGGCAACAGAGCUGUGUUUUUAGUGAAGAUGGUUUUCUAACGAAGUCUGAAGGAUGGUUUAAGGAAGGUGUGCGAUGGCGGAGCUCGAAGGGAAGAUUUAGAAUUCAUCUCCCAUGCCAUACUUCAUCCUCUACUACAGGUGACACUCUUUAAAGCUACAUUCAAACACAUUUAAAUCAGUGAAAGCAAAGCCUUUGCUCUGGUGCAGACCUUGUUGUGGUUCCAGCUCUCUCAGUGAUGAGGCUUAACUCUCACAGCCGCCAUCUUCCAAACCUCUGCUCGGAGGAAAGCGUUCAGUUCACCUCUUACCUGGCAUUCCUGAGUUUCUUCAAGUUUUUCAGUUGUUGUCAAAGUUGUGAAGAGAUAUUUUUUAAGAAAGUACUAUCUAUGACAUUGUUAAUAACAAUAACAAUAAAAAAAGUUGUAACGCU